AUUCUUCAACAUUUAUUUUUUCCGCACUCCUCGCACUCAUUUUAUGAGGCUGGUUACUUCAACAGUGCAGAUUGCGAGGAAAUUGUUUUCCUCUCUUCCCGUUUUGGCAAAAAGUCUCCAAAGUUUAAUGCAGUAUGAGGAUACUUGGACAUUUUUACACCUUUGGCAUCCCUGGAUUUCUGGAGGAUCCUGUAACUGAGGAAUGCAGUGCGUAUCCUGGACGAGCCUCUGAUUUUUCAUAAACAGAAACUACAGCACUCCUUUACUCUUCUAAAGAGAAAGGGUUGGAAUAUCGAUCAAUGCCAUUUUUACCCAGAGGUCAGCUGAACAGACGUGCUGUGGAGUCUGGAUAAGCCGGGCAGACGGGGCCCAAUGCUUCUCCUCAUUCUAAGAUGAAGUUAUGGAAGUUUGGUGCCAUCGGCCUGAUUCUCUGUGGUGCUGCACUUCCUCUGCUCGUCCUUAAAACCGCUCCCUCUUCCCAAGCCCCGCCCCCUCCUCCCCACCGCAGAGCUUCAUCCUCAUCUCUUUCACCUCCAUCGUCUUCAUUUACACCAAGCAAUUCAUCGUCUACCGUUGUGGCAGGUGGGCGGCAAAGGAGGGUCAGAUCAGCUAACGGAGGAAACUCUCUUGUAUCAGAAUUCAUGAAGAUGUUCCAGAGCUUCACAGAGGGCGAGUUGAAGCAGGUCAUUGGGACACUGGUGGAAAGGAAAGCCCGCAGAGAUGCCCAACAGAGCAAAAGGACUAAACGGGCAAAAAAGCGUUCCAAACCCUGCUCGCUGCAGGAGGUGGAGGUGACGGUCAGUCAGCUGGGGUUGGGAUACGUCAGUGACGAGACUAUAGUCUUCCAUUACUGCAGUGGAAAGUGCACCACUAGCCGCAAAAACUAUGACCUGACGCUGGCGUUCAUGAAGCGCUCGCGGCUGCUAACAAGGGAGCAGAAGGACAAAGCGCGCCACAGCCCCUGCUGUCGGCCCACCGCGUAUGAGGAGGACAUCUCCUUCCUCGAUAACUUCAACAAAUACCACACGAUCCAAAAGUUUUCGGCCAAAGCAUGUAGAUGCGUCUGACGUUGAG